AUGUUGUACAGUUACAACUAUGGCUUCUCAGGCUUCUCCGCAAAACUCAACCCAACACAAGCUGCUUCUUUAGCAAAAUUGGACCAGGUCAUAACGUUCUUCAAAAGCAAAAGCUUGAAAUUACACACAACAAGGAGCUGGGAUUUCUUAGGUCUCACCGUCUACAAUGCCCGUCGCACUCCUCCGCCGCAGCUCGCUUAUGGCUCCGACAUCGUCGUCGGAAUAUUUGAUACUGGGAUUUGGCCGGAAUCGGAGAAUUUUAGGGAACCGCCGAAUGCGAAACCUAUACCUUCGUCAUGGAACGGAAGAUGCGUGGGAGGAGAAGACUUCGAUCCAACCGUACAUUGCAAUCGCAAAUUGAUCGGCGCUCGGUUUUACCUCAGAGGAUUCGAAGAGACGUACGGACCGAUUGACUUCAGGCGAGAUCCGGAAUACAGAUCGCCGCGUGAUUACCUCGGUCACGGCACACACACGGCUUCCACCGCCGUCGGAUCCGUUGUUCGCAACGUCUCCGGCUUCUCCGAUCUUGGACGCGGCACCGCUCGCGGCGGAGCUCCAUUGGCGAGGCUUGCAGUGUUCAAAACGUGCUGGGGGAAGGAUUUGGAAGGGGUUUGCACGGAGGCUGAUAUCUUGGCAGCUUUCGACGAUGCGAUCCACGACGGUGUUCACGUGAUCUCCGCGUCUUUCGGCUCAUCUCCGCCGUUAUCUCCGUUUUUCGAGUCGAGCGCAGAUAUUGGGGCGUUUCACGCGGCGGAGAGAGGAAUCAGCGUGGUUUUCUNAAACAUCUUUCAAAGCAUGUCUACUCUUAGUGGUAUUAAACAAUCUAGGCAUCUAGCUAUUAACAAGUUUAGACCUAAAAGUGAGAAUGAUGUGGUUCGUGAGCCUAUGCCUUGUUGA